AACAUUUACACGUUGUAAAAAACGCAAGCCCUAUGGGAAAACCUGUGUUUAUAAAUAGCUACUAUACAUGUCAAAUCAUGGCAGCUACUGGAAUGUUAGCCGGCAGAAUAGCGCUCGUUACAGGUGCAGGUAGUGGAAUCGGACGGGCCGUGUGCCGCGUGAUGGCACGUGAGGGUGCGGCCGUGGCGGCAGUGGACCUCAAUCAAGAGGCGGCGCAUGCCACAAUACAGGGACUGCCCACCGCCGGAAGUAUGAGCCACCAGGCGUUCUGUGCGGACGUAUCCUCGGGCGGGUCGGUGUCGGAACUCGUACAGAACGUGCGGGCAGCUUUCUCUGCGCUGCCGACGGUGGCCGUCAACUCCGCCGGCAUCACCCAAGACGCCUUCAUGCUCAAGAUGCCCGAGGAACGCUUCGACAAGGUCAUCGCGGUCAAUCUCAAGGGGACGUUCCUGGUGAACCAGACGCUUGCCCGAGCGCUUGUUUCCGAGGGAAUCACGGGGGCGUCCAUAGUCAACAUUGCCAGUAUCGUUGGCAAGACCGGUAACAUUGGGCAAGCAAACUACGCCGCCUCCAAGGCGGGCGUCAUAGGGCUUACGAAGACGGCGGCGAUGGAACUUGGAAGGAAGGGCAUCCGAGUGAACGCGGUACUUCCGGGCUUCACAGAGACGCCGAUGACUGACGUCAUCCCAGAAAAGGUCAAGGCCACUGUGACGUCACUCAUACCUCUUAACAGGAUGGGGCAACCGGAAGAAAUUGCGGAAGCGUGCUUAUUUCUUGCCAGUGACAGAGCCAGCUAUAUUACUGGGGCGGCGCUAGAGGUCACAGGAGGCUUAUCAGCAUAGCGAAAAACCACAUGGCAGUGGCAAUGACUAUAUAUUGUCAAUCUUAACAAUCACGCAGUAACGGAAAUGACAAAACUCCAUACAGCACGCCAUAAAACCUACAACGGCAACGAUUAUAAUACAACCAGCAUGUGAUAUAAGAAAGUACUCUUUAUCAAUAAUGGCCCAGACGUUGUUUCUUUUCAACGACAGAUGAGGUUUUUGCUAAUCUGUUUUGUAUCAUUAUUUAUUACAUGUUGUAGGUGUAGAUUAUAUAUGUGCAUUGUGAAGUUAUAUGUGUUGUGAUAUUUGAUUAUGUCAUAAAUAAAUUGAAUCAAACGAAACAA